ACUUAAUUAGGGUACUCCUAAGGCUUAGGAAGAGCCACACUCAAAGGGGCCAAAGAGCCGCAUGUGGCUCUUGAGCUGCAGUUUGCCAACCACGGGCCUAGGGACAUCUACUUUCUCCUCGGUGAGAAAUCUGGGUCCUGGGUGUGUGCAGUGUGGAUGCUUUCCCAGCUUUAUUGAGAUUCAGGUGACACAUGGCAUUGUGUGAGGUUCAGGUGUACAGUGCAAAGAUUUGAUAAUGUAGAUGUUGUGAAAUGAUACGCUCACAUAAGGUUAGUGAACGUAUUGGAUUUUUUAUAUGAUUUUUUAAUGGUUCAAUUUAUCCUUUAAGACCUAGCCAACAUUUGGUGGCCCAAUUAGCCCUCUUGGCCCUCUCCUGCCCUCCUCCUGCUCAACAUCCCCUGCCCUUGUAGAAAGGGACACCCCCAACCUGCCCCCCCCCCACGCUCUAUCCUCUGCUCUCAGUCUUCCUCAGACAGGGUCUGCAUUGCCCAGACCCCCUUAGUCACCCGGUUCUUGAGCAGAAAAACCUUCCUGGAAGUAAUUCAAGAAAUUAAAGGGGUGGGAGAGGGAUCCUGCUAGGGUUGGUGGAGGCUGGAGCAGCUGGAGCGGCAUCUGGGCUGGCGGCCAUUGGCAUCCUGGCCUCACUCAGGGAGGUGACGAGCCCGGGCCUGCCCAGAGGAGAGCCCGGAGGAGGCAGGUGGGAGCUGAUUUAGCACCCCCAGAAAUGAACUUGGGAGAGGCUAUUAACUUGAGAGACCCUCUCUGCUUCCCCUAGAGCAGAGUCCUGGGGUGUGAAGGAAGCAGGGUGGGUCCAAUCUUUCUGCCCUGGCCUUGGCUUGUAGGCAAGAAGGAAGAUGGGAAGGGCCGAGGUGGUGCAGGCUCUGUGGGAGGUGUGGGAGCUGUGGGGUUCUGGGGUUAGUGCCUUGCCCCUCCUGUACCCCCACACAGAAUACAUCCUGGCCUCACAUCUGGCAGGGGCCAGCACCUUGAGACUGGCAAAGACAGAGAGAUGGAGUCAUCUUGUCUUUCUGUCUGAGACUCUAAGUCAACAUCGACAUGAAUUUUCCUUCUAGUGAGAGAUGGGCUCCCCGACAGGAGGCCUGUGGAAGCUGCUGAAGAAGCCGGAGCCACCGUGCUCCUCUCCCCACCUGGCUUCCUGAUGGACAAUCAGCCAGCCACACGGUUCCCGGGGCCUCUACACCUGCAUCUCACCAUCACUGCAGAGGGUGUCACCCCCACCCCUGGUGCUGUGGUUUCAGGUCAAUCCCACUAGUGCCCAGUGCGGGUGGGCAUGCGCCUGGUGGAUGUGCCACAAAGAGGAUUUUGGUCCCUAGUCCUUGAUGUGGAGCCCGGCACCUGCUUCUUACCAGGUGUGGUCAGAAGUGGGGACACCAAGCUUCAGAAACAGACGCAAACCUCAGUCUGGGGCAGGAAGAGCCAUUCACACACAGAGUCUACACAGGCUGCGCAGUCCCUGGGGCCGGGACAAGGCAUCUGGUAGGUGGGUGUUGUAAAAACUGACUGAGUGGACUGGACAGGAAGUGGAGGUUGUGAGGAUAACCAGGGCUUUGGGCACUGCACAUUCUCUUUAUGGUUCUCUGUUUCCAAGUGGCCAAGAGAGGCAGGGGGUGUGCAGGUUAGCUACAGACUGUCUCCCACCACUGUCUCCUCUUGUCCACCCAUCCCUGCCCUGUCCUGGAGCCAGGCCAGGCCCACUUCUCAGCCUGGAGGCCUUACCCUAACCAACUGAUUGCUUCCGAGGGCAGAGACAGCUGACCUCAGUGCAUCCUGCCAUCUGUCCACUUGAUCCUUGCUUAUCCAUCAGGAAGCCAAGUACCAGGUUGGCACAGGGGUCUCAGAGGAAUAGUGGAGACAGCCCAUCCAUGCAGGGCAAGGGUGUAGGAGAGCCAGGAGCAGGUUACAGGAUGCUUCCAAGAGAAGACCAAACAGUAAAGUGAGAGCAGAGGGCUGGCCUUUCUGGAAACUUUGGGAUCCUGGGACUAUGAGCAGUUGAGAGUCAGGCCUGGCCCAGGGCUCGGCAUUCACUGAGGCUCACAACGAGUGAAUGAAUGAGCCAGCCCCACCGUUGCACACCACACCAGGGAAACAGAUUCAAAUGGAGAUGAGGGGAGGCCUGUGGUGUCUGGCACGAAGUCAUGGCUGGUUUGUGGCUUUCGAGCAAAUAAUGGGCAGGAUGGGGAGUGCUCUGGAAUAUUAGGGCGGGGACAUGCAAGGGACUAGAAGUCUGGUUUGGAAGUGCCAGACCACUCCCAGGCUCAGGGACACGGGGGCCAGCACCGAUGGGAAGGAAGCUUGGCUUCAUUAGGACAUCUGACUGCAGGGUGGGUUGGCACUCUUGAAGAAGACAGGUUUGACCCCUGAGAAGUGCACAUGAUCUGGAGGAAGGGAGAGUGCCCAGGAAUGGUGGGAACACACAGGCUGUUGAGGGGUUUGGGCAGGAGGGCAUGGGAUGAGAGGAUGUCAUACAUGUGAAACCCUGCAUUCAGGACUUUCAGGACUUCCAAGGAGAAGUUGCCCUUUCUCCAGCCUCCAUCUGCAGCUGGUGAAGUAAAUAAGAUGGAAUUGUAUACAUGCUGCCUGCCGAGGGGCAAGGAGCAGGGGUCUGCAGGAGAGAGAGGGUGUUCUGUGUGGCAGUCUGCAUGAGUGGGAGAAAGCUCUGUGCAGGAAACAGGGAGUGUGUAGGGAGGCUGGUGUGGCCGGAGUGCAGGGCCCCAUGGUGUGAGAGGAAGGAGCUGGAGAGAUCCAGACCCUAGCAGGACUGUGCAAUGAGGAAAUGUUCUCUGAGCCAAUCAGGCGGCAGGCACUCAGGAGCUCAAGGGCACGGGCUUUGUGCCUCAGGCAAGGAGAAGGUUUUGAAGAUUUUGGAGACGGGAGUGGGAAACAUGAUAGGGUCCGCUUCCUACUUCAGAGAGCAGGUUUGUUUCUGUCCUCGAUUGCUCUCAUCAGAGCUAGAUGGAACUGAGUUACUUAGAGUAGGACUCACCAAAUACAAGUAUCAUAAUGUGGGUAAUGAGGGACACAGAAGCCUUGUCCCAUCUUCUCGGGGCUCAGCCCUCCCAGGGGAGAGGAGGUACUGAAUAAGAAGAAGCCCUAGGAGUUCUGGCUGAGGCAUUAAUAAAGCUGCCAUUUCCUCAGUCGCACCAAACAAGGAAGGAGAAACAGGCCUUCCCACCUGGAGCCCAGCUAGCAAGCUCCCAGAUAAGCAAGGACCCAGGGGCUGCUCUGGACCUGGGCCUGGGACACCCUGCACCACACAGUCCAGAAUAAGGAGGGACUGGGCUCCCUGAGGAGAAAGAGGACAGAGUAUGCACAGCCCAUGGCCUGAGUGAGCAUGGGUACCUCUAUGCUAAGAGACAGCCGAUCUUUGAUGAUGAUGGUGCAUUCAGAAGCCAUGGUUGUUGGUCCCCUAGAAUCUCCCACCCAGCAGUGCUCCUGGAUCUGGGGCCUCCCCCACCAACCUGAAGGUCUCCACAGCCCUUUCCCAGAGACCCUGCAGACCCUCAGUGGUAUCGGCAGCUGAUGGAAGAGAAGAUUGCACAGCCUGGCACCAUUCACAAGCAUGAAGGAGGUACUGAGAUGCAGAGCUCUGCCUAUAAGUGCCACCAACCACCGCAGAGAUGAACACGUCCAUGAGCAGCAGGACCAUAGGGCACCCGCUGCAGAGAUGGACAUAUCCACAGGUGGCAGGAUAGCGGGCACCCACUACUGAAAUGGAUGCGUAUACAGAUGGCAGGACCACAGGAACCACUGUGGAGAUGGACAUGUUCAUGGCGGCAGGAUGGUGGAGUACCCACUAUGGAAACGAUAAGUCCACAGGUAGCAGGACUGUGUAUCACCUGCCGGAUUAAAUAAACUCUCACUCCUCCUGCCAAGAGGACCUGGUCAUUUUUUUAAACCAAGGUCCCUGGCUGUCGGGCCCCAGUACUCGUCCCUGGGCACACAGCCCAUCCUUUGUGCCAGCAUCCCAGGCCUAGUACCCAAACAGCUGCGCUUCUGUCGGAACUACGUGGAGAUCAUGCCCAGCGUGGCAGAGGGCGUCAGGAUCAGCAUUGAGGAGUGCCAGCACCAGUUCCGUGGCCGCAGGUGGAACUGCACCACCAUCAACAACAGCCUGGCCAUCUUUGGCCCUGUGCUGGACAAAGCCACCCGGGAGUCCGCCUUCGUGCACGCCAUUGCCUCCGCCGGAGUGGCCUUCGCAGUGACACGCUCCUGCGCGGAGGGCUCCGCUGCCAUCUGCGGAUGCAGCAGCCGUCACCAGGGCUCUCCAGGCCACGGCUGGAAAUGGGGUGGCUGCAGUGAGGACAUCGAGUUUGGUGGGAUGGUGUCUCGGGAGUUCGCGGAUGCAAGAGAGAAUAGGCCUGACGCCCGCUCUGCGAUGAACCGCCACAACAAUGAGGCUGGGCGCCAGGCCAUUGCAAGUCACAUGCACCUCAAGUGCAAGUGCCACGGGCUGUCGGGCAGCUGCGAGGUGAAGACCUGCUGGUGGUCGCAGCCCGACUUCCGCGCCAUCGGCGACUUCCUUAAGGACAAGUACGACAGCGCCUCGGAGAUGGUGGUGGAGAAGCACCGCGAGUCGCGCGGCUGGGUGGAGACGCUGCGGCCGCGCUACACCUACUUCAAGGUGCCCACGGAGCGCGACCUGGUCUACUACGAGGCCUCGCCCAACUUCUGCGAGCCGAACCGCGAGACCGGCUCCUUCGGCACGCGCGACCGCACCUGCAACGUGAGCUCGCCGGGCAUCGAUGGCUGCGACCUGCUGUGCUGCGGCCGGGGCCACAACGCGCGCGCGGAGCGGCGCCGGGAGAAGUGCCUCUGCGUCUUUCACUGGUGCUGCUACGUGAGCUGCCAGGAGUGCGCGCGCGUCUACGACGUGCACACCUGCAAGUAGGGGCGCGCCGGGCUCGGUGCCGGCCCCACCCGGACGGGGCGGGGUCCUCUGGUGGAGCCCGCGGGCGGCCAGAGUAGCCGGCGGUUCUUCCCGACAGGUUCGGAGCUCCUCCCGGAUGGGGCGGGGCUGGGGGGGGGUGAGGCUUUUGGAUUAGGGCGGGGUCUUCUCUGGGGACCCAGCUCCCUUGCUGGGAAUUCCGCACUGCCACCUCCUCCUAGCAGCCCACUUGUAAGGUUCCAUCCAACCCAACUCUUCUAUGUAGAGCAGCUCUCCUGACAAACAGCGGCCGAGACCCCUGUCCCCCAACCUCUUCCUCUGAAGUCUGGGGACUAGGGGCCCUCCAAGUCUGGUGCUCUGGAAAAGCCUGACAUCUGCCAGCGCUCUCAACCAAUCCAACGGAGAGAGCCACGCCUUGCAGAGCCCCAAGAACCAGCUGGGCCUGGGGGAAGGAGGGGCCUGGAGGCUGGGCCCUGAAACCUGUGUGAGGCAUCAGACACCAGGCGCUCUUCCCAGGAACUGUUACUGCUCUCGCCCAAGCCCUGGCUGGAACAUCCCCCUGUGGAGCCCGUCCACCUCCCUUCCUCAGGUCUUUCACCUGCACCCCAUCCACAGGAGAGGAGCAUAGCCUCCUGUCCCAGCCUGACCCUGCCUCCCUUUUGGCCUCAGCACCUCCCCCACCUUCCUCAUCCACAGCCCAGACCCCACAUCUGCCCAGGACUGUUAGCCUGCACCACCCAGCUCCAUCAUCCUGCCUGGGAAUCUCAUUUGGGGUAGGGUUGGGUUGUUUGGGAGGUUUCAGUAGGAGGAGCCACACCUGGGGGCUGCAGAGGACCCUCAGCCCCCAGAGGAGUGGUAUCCCCUUGCAGCCCUGGUAGUUAGGACUGAUCCCCUGGGUCUCCUGCUGCAGCUGUGGUGUGCCAGACUUGCCACACUGGCCACUGUCCUGGAGCAUGUGGCUGGCUGCUCAGCCAGCCUCACCUGACUAAUCCACCCAGCCCAGGAAGUACUGACUUCUGGACCCCUCAGCCAAUGCCCAGGCCAGGCCUCUUCUCACUCAGACUCUGCCACUGUGAAACAUCCCCCAGCCCCUAGGCAGGGGGAGACCAGCCAGAUAGGGAUGGCUGCCCGCCUCCGAGGACAAGACCUUCCUCUGCCUUGAAUUUUGUGUUUUUGGUUUUAAUUUUAUUUCUGAUGCUGCUAUAUUCACCAUACACUGGAGCUAA